CGCCAGGCCAUUACAUCACUCAAUCACUCACACACACUCACGCACAGUCACACACACCUUCCACCGGCGCUCCAAACGCACAAAGGACGCGCGAAGUCUUCCGCAGCAGAGCACGAGCUCCGGGCGGGUCGACUGGGAACGAAGCGUGCGGGAUUGGGAAGCGCUUUCUUGGAAAGGAGGAGGAUCACGGUGGGUAGCAAAAUGGUGAAGCUGGGGAUUACUGUGAGCGAAAAGAAGAGCACGGGAGCGGAGGAGGGGUUUGACACCAUCCCACUCAUGACUCCUCUGGACGCUGCACAGCUGCAGCUCCCUCCGCCGGACAUGGUGGUGGUGAAGACGAAGGCAGACUACAGCGAGGAGAGGAAAAAGGAGAAAUUCCAUCCAAAAAUCACUGUCGUGGACGGAGUAUCUGAACGGAUCAAAAUGGCUCUGCUGGUGGUGUGUGCUCUGGCGUUCCUGGUGUGUGUCGUGUUCCUUGUCGUGUUUAAGGUGUAUCAAUAUGAGCAGCCCUGCCCCGAUGGAUUCACCUAUGUGCAGAGCCGGUGUGUCCCAGCGGGGGUGUAUAGUUACUACCCCCCUCAGGGUCCAGCCAGCCGUGGACGUCUGUUCACCAUCAUAAACCACUACAACGUGGCCAAGCAGACCAUUACACGAGCUGUUUCACCCUGGCUCAGCAUCACCGCCGAGGAAAAACUCUCACAGCUACAGACCAAGACAGAGCAGAACCUGGCCUAAAACACACACACACACACACACACACACACACACACACACACACACACACACACACACACACACACACACACUUUCAUGCUUAAGCACGUAUAUACAGUACCAGUCAAUAGUUUGGUCACACCUGCUUAAAUGUAUAGUCUGCAAUAAUAAGUCUUAAAUAUAUUUAGAUGUUAGAUAUUAGGCUUAUGCUUUAACACCUGAAAAUGACUAAUGGAAAUGUUAGGAUCAUAACUGAAUACAUUUAAUAUUCAGCAAAAAUGUUCAGUUUACAAAUGUCAUUUUUGAAACACUCUUCAAGUUGUUUUUAGCGGCCAAAUCAAGGAGAAAAUCAAGCUCCACUUGCUUCAGAUCUGAAAACAAUCCACAGGUGUUUCUGUCCAUCCUUCCACUGUGAGAAGACAACUCAACUCUAUGAGUCUGAAGUAUUUGAGAGAGAGAAAAUAAUUAGAAAAAUAACAUAACCCCCAAGUCAGCUCUAUUACUGUAACUGUGUCUGACUUUUUAUAAUAUUGGCACAGUCAUAAAAUAAGGAUGACUCACAAGAAAUGUUUUCAUUGUUUUCCUCAGUAUUGAGAGGUUUGUCAAGAUAAACCCAUCAGGCUUUUUGCUUUGAUUUAACAUGGAUGAUGUAAUAGUUGAUUACAUUUUAAUGUGUAUUUUGUGGCUUUUCACAUGAGUAGAACAAUAACUGGCUUAAGCCGCAAGCCUAAACUCUCACUCUUCAAAAUAAAAGUGACAGAAAGCAUUCUUAGCAUUUUUUGUUCCCUAAAGAACCAUUUUUGUGUGAGCGUGAAAGAUGCUUGAUAAUGUGAACCUUUAAAGGGUUCUUCAUAUUCACAUUUACAUCUCAUUUACAGACUUAGUUCUUUUAGGGAACUGUAAUGGCUCUUUUAUUACAUUGCUCAAAGAACAUUUUGUGAGUGCUGUACUAUUAGCCCUGCUAGCCUAUAAGUAACAGGUGUGUCUAAAAGUUGGAAGACCCAACUAUUUUAUAGAAUUUUUCUGAAAUGUGAAAUAAGGGAAAUCCUGUGUCCAAACUUUACCAGGUACUGUGUAUAUACUUACUCCAACACACACACAUAAUCAAAGCUCCGCCUGGUGUAAGUGAAGCUUCCCUAUCUGAAUGUUUUUUGCUGGCAAACUUGAAUUACUAUAACAUCAGCAGGUUGGGUUUAGACUGUCACUAUGCCAACACCCCCCCCACCCCCCACCCCACAUAUCUCAUACUGGUCCAAGCUACACACUACUACUCUCUCUCUUUCUCUCUCUCUUUCUCUCUCUCUCUCUCUCUCUCUCUCUCUCUCUCUCACACUCAUAAACAGACAGGGAUCUCAGUGUGCAGGUUCAGACCAUGGAUGGGAUGCUUACCAGUAUAAUAAAUAGUUGACGCUGUUAAAAGUAAACACAUUACACUUAAAAUUACUUUUGGAUAUGUUUGCUCGCGCGUAACGUAUGUUUAACUAAUCUCGCAUCAAAAGAUGACAUCUGCAAUUUGCUCUGAGGUGUGCUGCCUCCAAAAGGGUUGUAUUUAGCUAGGCUGGAGAAGAGGACAUCACCGUAUGGAACACAUGUGAGGACCCAGUCACUGCAGGCCAAAACACUGCCGACUUCAGCACACUACCUCAUUAAACACACCUGACUCAGCUCAUCAGCUAAUUAGUAAGGUCUUCAUGAACUAAACUCAGAGUGUUAAAUGAGGGGUAAAUGCUAAUCUCUGCAACACUUUGGCCCGGAAGGUCCCCAGUUUGACAUGCCUGGUAUAGAAAGACUUUAGCUAGCCAAUUCGGAACCAAGCAAACUCAAUUGCUUAAAAUCUUUAUAUUGUCUUUUUAGCGUUCUGAAUGGCAGCCACCGAGAAUUAUUCACUUUGGGUCAGACAAUUGCUGUAACUGUGCAAGCUGUCUAUCUACAGUACGUAAAGUACCAAAAGACCAAGAAUACGCUUACCUUUUGAGGUCGGAAAUACAACUGCUAGCAAGCUAAAAAAAAAAAACUUCAAAAAUUCAAACAAUAAAAAUUUAGCACUAAUGCUAAGAGCUAAUUCUGUAUGAGGUACCUUAUUUUCUCCUCAUUGGAUGAUGUGCCAACACAUUGUUUUUUUUUCUAUGUACCACUGAGAACAGAGAAUAUCUUCUCUAAUGUCAAGUAAUAUGCUUAGAUUACAGUAAAAGACUACAGUUUGGUAGGUACCUUCAAAGUCCUUAUAGGAACAUCUGUUCAGUCAGCCUCCAUCUUUGCGAUUCCACCGGGUAGUUAUUUCUGGCCAUACAACACCAGACUCUCUUCUGGUAAAGUCUGACAAAAAUCAAAAACAAUUUUUUUCAAGUUGUUCUGGCUACUGAACAUGCAUAGAUCUCUACAAUGGGGGGUCUUUCCUUGGUCACGGUGUAACUAGCAAGUAAACUGGCUUUUUUUCUUGAAGAGCAGGAAUUUCUCCACGAGUGGAACAGACACCAUGUUGAGCAUUAUUGGCUUCCCCAUUCAUCUUUGAACCAGUAACUUAUAAAGGUAUACCUUGUACCUACAGUGUACUUAUAUAGCAUCUAGGCUAAGCAUAGACGUAACCAGUAACAUUCGAUAAACUUUUCUACAGCUUCAACUUUGUGCAGUGUCAACUUGCAGCAUCGACAGCUUUAUAUGUGAAAAGCUAACUUGGUAGAAAUGAUGCAUUAACUUUUAACAGAAUCAGUUACUCUUGCUACACUGGUCAUAAUGAUGUACCAUGGUACAUAAGACAAUAUUAAUGAUGUUUUUAAUGAUGCAAAUUUAAAAAUAAUAAGUAAAUAAAAUGUCACAAUGGAAGCAAACAGCCUACAACUUUAGUCUCCCUGCAAAGCACUCACAAAAACAAAGAAUAUUUACAGUUAUAAUCUGGACAGUAAACAUUAAUAGUGCUCAUCAUUUUCUAUUCAUUUAAACUGUAAUAGAUUUUUUUGGUGUUCAGUGAAGUGUAUCAAUGUAAUAUAUGCGGUGAAACAAUUUUAAAGUGAAUUAGUGCUUUUUAAACACUUUCAUUAUACCACAAUUACAGAUGACUUGAUACUGAUGAAUUGAUUUUUUCUGAUAUUGAAACUGAUACUGAAACCUUGAAUAUCGACUGAUACCGAUACCCAAUCCUAUUGUAUAUUUCCUACUACUAAGCUUUAAAAUGAGCUGUUUUUUUAUUGGCAUGAGCAUCUAUCAUUUUAACACUACUCAAACAAGUUCUAUAUCAUCCCUAAUUCAGACAGACUUGUCAGAUUUAUUUGAUAAUUUCUAAAACUAGCCUAGACUGAUUUUUUCAAUUGUUCAGUCAUGCUAGGGUGGGCAAUAUAAUGAUAUUAUGACUAAUGACAUCAUGAUACAUUUUUCUGAGUACAAUUUGCCAAACUGCAGCAGUUAUAUUGAGUUUGUGAAGAAGACUUGAAUAAUAACUUAAUAAACUGCACAGAAACAGUAGCUGAUUAGAUGUUAGACCAUUUGGAGUAGAACUCCAGAAAGAAACACUGGUUCAAACUACAGCUAGCAGGUUAUUCUCAUCAUUCUUUUAUUCUGCUGUUUGUAAUGUCCACCUGCUGUUCCAAGUUUGGAGAGGAAGCUAGAGCAUGAUGCAUCACGCUGACCAAGAAAUGUACACAGAUAAGAAACUGAAUAAAAAAAAGUUCAUGUUUGA